CGGGUGUUUCCGUAACUCUUCGGCUCUGUCUCGGGAGUUUCCGUGCUGGGGGCUCUCCCGGUUGUCAGGGGUAACGCAAAGCAUCUGGGAGCGAGUGCGGCCUUCAGCGCCGGGGCCGCGCUCUGGGGCUGCCGGCGGGUUUGCACUCUGUGACGGCUGCUGGUAUUAUGGCUGUGUAUGUGGAUCACCGGACAGAAGCUCCCGAUUCGGUUGCCUCCCCUUCCCAUAUAGCGUGGCACCCGCUCCAUCCGCUCCUGGCAGUUGCUUCCAUCAGCACAGCGUCGGGGGGCUGUGUGGAUAUCUACCUGGAACAGGGAGAACAUGUGUCUGAUGCACAUGUUGAGAGGAGCUUUCAGGUCACAUCGCUUUCCUGGCACCCUUUCAGACUGAUUCUUGCAGCAGGCUGGGAGACGGGUGAAGUUGUGGUGCUUAACAAACCAGACAAGGAGCACCACACUGUGCCACCAAGUCACAACGCCAAAAUUACAGUCUUAAACUGGAGUACGAAUGGUACCUGCCUUGUGUCUGGCGACAGGAAUGGUGUCAUGGUUCUAUGGAGAAUAGACCAGCGAGGCAGAGCGCAGGGUCCUGCCCUGCUCAAACAAGAGUAUGGAAAAUGCCUGUCUCACUGUGUCUUUAGACCACCCCCUCCUGGCGAGGACUUUGUACAGCUGGCAAAAGCAGCCGUUAGUGGUGAUGAGAAGGCCUUGGACAUGUUUAACUGGAGAAAAACUGGAACAGGAUCACCCCUGAAAACAAGAUUCCAGGAAGGACUGUCCUUCUUUAUCACUUUGACAGAUGGUUCUGUGCAUUACGUGAGUGAGAAAGGAAAGACAAGGCAUGUGUUGUCCACAGACAGUCUGGUCCAAAAGCUUCUGUUCAUGGAGAAAAGAGAUGUUUUAGUUGUAAUAACAGAGAACCUGCAGUUGUCCUUGUAUGCAAUUAGUCUUGAGGGAGAGGCAGAUGAGCUCAUGAAGGUGAAGUUGAGUGGGAAGACAGGUCGUUCUGGAGACAUCAUUUUAAUAGACCAUAGCCUUGUUGUUACAGCCCUAGGCGAGACGGUCAUCAGGUUCUGGGAUUUGGACCGAGAUGAGAACUAUGUGCUCUCCCCAGAUGUGCAAUUUGGCUUCGAGGGAGGAGAAUGUAUUAACUGUGUUUCUUACUGCAGUGCUAAAGGUCUCUUAGCAGCUGGUACUAAUAAAGGGAGAAUAGCUAUGUGGAGGAAAGCAGCAGGAUCCGAUCAGAGCACACGGGCUUUGGAGGGCAAGGAGAAGUGGAAGCUCCAGGCACCUACAGAACUUGAAGGAAAUGUCACUCAGAUAAAGUGGGGGUCCCGAAAAAACCUGUUGGCUGUGAACACCGUCAGCUCCGUGGUGAUCCUCAGUGAGCAGGCCAUGUCAACUCAUUUUCACCAGCAAGUGGCUGUUGUACAGGUGUCUCCCAACCUGUUUAAUGUGACCUUCUUCAGCACAGGAGCCACACAGAAUCUUCGUGUUGAUAUGAAUGUCAAUGGAGUCUUCGCUACUAAGGAUGCAAUAGUAUUCUGGAAUGGGAAGCAAGUUAUUGUCUUUGAGUGUUCAGGAGAUACCUUCAGAAGUGCAGGCUCUUUUCUUUGUGACUCUCCAGUUCUGUCCAUGCAUGGAGAAAAUUUGUACACGGUUGAGCCGUAUCGGGUCCAGGUCCGCACUUGGCAGGGCACGGUUAAGCAGCUGCUGGUGUUCUCUGAAGCAGAGGGGAAUCCGUGCCUCUUGGAUGUCUGCGGAAAUUUCCUGGCUGUGGGAACUGAUUUGGCUCACUUUAAAAUCUUUGAUCUCUCUCGCAGAGAGGCAAAAGUGCACUGCAACAGCAAGAAUUUCUCUGAGCUGUUUCCUGGCCUUGGAGGCAUUGCUUCUGUCAAGUGCAAUGCUAAUGGCAAUAAAGUCAGCAUCCUCGUUAGCAAGGCUGAUGGGAACAUUGAUUCCAAGAUCUGUUUCUAUGAUGUUGAAAUGGACAAAGUUACACUCUUUGAUUUCAAGGCCAACCAGGAAAAUGGUAGAGAGAAGCUUUAUUCUGGACAAGGUGUUGACAAGUCUGUUGUUCAGUAUCCAGAGUUGCACAGUCACAUCCCUGCUUGCCAUUUCUGGGACCAGAGUGAACCAAGACUCUUUGUAUGUGAAGCAAUUCCUGAACCAGGCCUGCAAUCGCCAGACCAGAACAAAAACCAGCCAGAGAGCACAAUAGAUGCUUGGAUUAUAUCAUUCUUCAGUACUGAAGAGCACGGCCUGUUGCUUCAGGACAGUUUUCCAUUGCCUCCAUCCUUCCAGGUGCUUCUAGGCAUAGAGGUGCCACAUUAUUACUUUGCCAAAAAGCUGGGAGAAGCUGAGAAAGGACAAGCAGAGUCUGGCUCAAUCAAGGUCUCUCAGAUGGCUGCAAGAAGACCCAUGAGAGAUUUCAUUGGAUUAGGAGACUGUGACAAGCCCACCCGAGAUGCCAUGCUGAACUUCAGCUUCUACCUCACCGCCGGAGACAUGGAUGAGGCGUUCAAAUCUAUCAAGCUGAUAAAAAGUGAGGCUGUCUGGGAGAACAUGGCUCGCAUGUGCGUCAAGACUCAGAGGCUCGAUGUUGCCAAAAUUUGCCUUGGAAACAUGGGUCACGCAAGAGGAGCCAAGGCCUUGAGGGAGGCUGAGCAAGAGCCCGAGCAGGAGGCCAGGGUGGCCAUGCUGGCCGUGCAGCUGGGCAUGCUGGAGGAUGCGGAGCGGCUGUACAAGGCUUGCCAACGAUAUGACCUCCUGAACAAGUUCUAUCAAGCCUCCAACCAGUGGCAGAAAGCCAUUGAAACAGCGGAAGCUCACGAUCGUGUUCACCUACGCACCACGUACUACAACUACGCGAAGCACCUGGAGGCAACUGGAGAGCAGAGUCUUGCGCUCACCCACUAUGAGAAGUCUGACACGCACAGGUUUGAGGUACCCAGAAUGCUCUCUGAAGACUUACAAGCCCUGGAGAACUACGUCAACAAGAUGAAAGACAAGAGCCUGUGGAAAUGGUGGGCCCAGUAUCUGGAGAGCCAGUCAGACAUGGAAUCUGCACUGAAGUACUACGACCUUGCUCAGGAUUAUUUUUCCCUCGUCCGUGUCCACUGCUUUCAGGGCAACAUUCAGAAGGCGGCUGAAAUAGCAAAUGAAACGGGGAAUUGGGCAGCAUCGUAUCACCUGGCCCGCCAGUAUGAGAGUCAGAAUGACAUCAAGCAGGCUGUACAUUUCUACACCAGGGCCCAGGCAUUCAACAAUGCCAUCCGCUUGUGCAAGGUACGUGAAGAGGAGAACAAUUUAGAUGAUCAGCUGAUGAACCUGGCUCUUCUGAGCUCUCCGGAAGACAUGAUCGAGGCAGCCUGCUAUUACGAGGAAAAGGGAGAGCAGAUGGACAGAGCUGUCAUGUUAUACCACAAGGCAGGGCAUUUCUCCAAAGCGCUGGAGCUAGCCUUUGCCACACAGCAGUUUGGGGCCCUGCAGCUAAUUGCUGAAGACCUGGAUGAGAAAUCAGACCCAGCUCUGCUAGCUCGCUGCUCGGAUUUUUUUAUUGAACAUGCUCAGUAUGAGAAGGCGAUGGAGUUGCUGCUAACAGCUAAAAAGUACCAUGAAGCUCUGCAGCUUUGCCUGAAGCAGAACCUGACCAUCACAGAGGAGAUGGCUGAGAAGAUGACGGUCGCCAAGGACUCCAAGGAGCUCUCUGAGGAGUCCCGGAGGGAGCUGCUGGAGCAAAUCGCUGACUGCUGCAUGAGACAAGGGAAUUACCACCUGGCAACCAAGAAAUACACACAAGCAGGAAACAAGUUAAAGGCUAUGAGGGCACUGCUGAAAUCUGGAGACACCGAGAAAAUUGUCUUCUUUGCGGGAGUUUCCAGGCAGAAAGAGAUUUAUAUCAUGGCAGCCAACUACCUACAAUCGCUGGACUGGCGUAAGGACUCCGAGAUUAUGAAGAACAUCAUAAGCUUCUAUACUAAAGGAAGAGCGCUGGACCUGCUGGCGGGUUUCUACGAUGCAUGUGCUCAGGUAGAAAUUGACGAGUAUCACAACUAUGAGAAAGCGCAGGGGGCACUGGCAGAAGCGUAUAAGUGCCUUUCCAAAGCAAAGCCUAGAAACCCUCAGGAACAGGAAAGCAAACUGGCACGUUUGCAAAGCAAGAUGACCCUGAUUAGGAGAUUCAUCCACGCUCGGAGAGUUUACUCCGAAGAUCCCAAAGAAGCGGUCAGACAGUGCGAGCUGCUCCUCACUGAACAGGAUUUUGACAAUGCCAUCCGUCAUGGCGAUGUCUUGGGAUUUCUGAUUGAACAUUAUGUACAAAUGCAGGAAUUCCAUACGAGAAAAAGCAAGUUCACAGGACAUGGAGCAUAAAUAGCAGUGGAUUCUUAAACAUUCCCAGUUACCAGAUAAGAACAGAGGGGUCAGUCUGGGUGCACAUCUCGGCAAUUACACUGAACUUCAUUUGCCACCUGGCCAAAGAAGAAAAGAAAAUUGCGAAGUUGCAGUUGAGGAAAUGGUGAAUCACGUCUGCAGGGCAGAAGAGCCACACACCCCAGUGGUUGGAUUGAACCGUAACCUGCGCCUAUUACGAAACACAAGGAUGCGGAGCGUGUGUUUCUCCAGCUCUGCUGAUUAACCUUAGUUUUAACAUGUUUUGACAGUGCUUCAGCUGUCAGAAUGUAAAACCAGCCUUGGAGCCCCCUUCCUUUUCAAACUGGAGAAGGCAGAAUUGACACAAGGCGCUAUGAAAGGUCAUCACAUUAGCGAAGGCUACAACUCCUGGCCAAGCGUCAGCAGCUGCAGCACGCGGCUCCUGGCGGGAGCUCCGCCGUCAGGCACGGUGGAUGCUUUUCACUGUUUUGCUGGUGACUCCCCAUAACAGAAUCUCUGUGCUUCAGGCUUACCGGUAUCUGGAAGAGAUGCAGAAAAGAAUUCCAGCCGCAAACCUGAGCUACUACGUGCCGCAGCAGACCAUCGAGGCAGUUCACCGAGGAGCUGGCGUUCCCCUCAGCCGAACCCUGGUUCCGGAGCACAUCCACCACAGCGGUGCCGAGAACAGGGAGGUGGAAGAAGAAGUGGCUGACGAAGUGGAGGACCUUUGACAACUUACACUCACCAAACACAAAGCUGACUUCAAUACAAGGUAAUUUAUUCUGUCCUCAUUAGGGGUCAAUCAACACACUGCUGGCAAUGAGGCUUUUUGGUUAUGACCAAGAAAUUUAUUUUUUCUGCUUGACUACAAGCAACAGUACUGAAGAUAAUGUAUUAUGUUAAACACUACAUACAAAAAUUCACAUGUAUAUCCUGUUAUUAAGGUGGUUUUAGUAUUUUAAUAAAUUUGAGGGGGAAAAACACCCAACAAGAA